UGUCAUUCAAGGACAUUAGGCACAUCCGUCAGAAUUGAUGAUGACCAUGUAUAAGACUGAUGCGACGAGCGUCAUCAACUCGGUUCCAUUUUUCCGUUGCAUCCAUGCGCAAUUGCUUUCCCAGCCAGACAACAAGAUUCACAAGGCGUUCAUAGAAAUUCAAAACCAUGCGAAUAUUGCGACAAAUUUUGGCCAUUUUAAUUAUGAUGGAAUGUGGAGGCAUAUUGGCGAGGGAGGUGCCGGCCAACGAGAAGAAAAAUUUAAUCAGGCGAAACGCCGCUCCAUUGAGCCCGUUUGGAAUUUUCCAAGAAAUAGGCACAGGACUCGAACAAGGGCUGGGACAGCUGAUCAACCCGAAUAAUUUUCAACAACGACAGUUGCAAUUAUCUACAAAAUCGCCUAUUGUGGUGAGGGUGAUAAACCCCAACACCGGUGUGAGUGAACUGUACACGACCGGUGACGCCAGAAUAGACAACACCAUCACGAGCUUCUUCAGCACCCUCACUCAAAUCAUGGACAACACUUUUAUGACCUUCGUGACGCCAGCAAUGAAUGGCACCAUUUGGGACAACUCGCCAAGACCCAACGGCAGCGGCGGCCUUUCCAACUACCUCAGCUCCUUUUUCUGUGGAAUCUUCAUGGGGGUGCUCAGCCCUAACAACAACGGACAGCAGUGCUUUGCUUACCGUUCAACGACAUUGGCGCCUGUUGUUGGCUAAUUCACUAAAACACCUCCUCAAAAUAAGGAAAAUGAUAACAAUCCAUUUUUGCUUAUGAACUACACAAAUAAAAAUUAAAUUGAUUGGCUCCAAUUAAUAGUCCUUCUCUUAACAGAUAAAACGUGAGCUUGACAAAAAAAAAAUUAUUUUCACACUAUUGACAUACUACAAAAAAAAUGAAAUAUUUUUGGACUCUUUAUAUAAAUCACGGUCAUUUCACAAGGUUGCAGUCUAAGGACACAGAGUACAUCCGUCAGUAUUUGUGGCGUCAUCAACUCAGUUCCAUUUUCAAAUCCAUCCAUGCGCAAUCGCUUUCCCAGUCGGACUUCAACGGGAUUCACAUGCAGCCAUUAUUUUGUGAAAUUCUAUCAUGCGGAUAUUAAAUCGAACAGUUUAAUUAAAAAUUUGCUGAUGGAAUGUGGAAUCGUAAUUGCGAGAAAUGUGCCAGCAAACAAGCAGAAAAUUUCAAACAGACGGACCGCAAAACCGUUGAGGUUUUUCCAAGAAUUAGGCAUAGGACUUGGACAAGGGCUCGGACAGCUGAUGAACCCCGAAAAUUGGCAGCAACCACAAGAACAGGUACAAUAUCAACAAUUAUCAACGGAAUCGUCAUUCGAUGUGAUCACAGACAUGCCAAUUGUGGUGAACGUGGUCAACCCAAACUCCGGUGUUAGUGAACAAUACACGACCGGCGACACCAGCAUAGACCGGACGAUCACGAGCUUCUUCGGCGCCCUCACCCAAAUCAUGGACAAUAUGUUCAAGACCUUUGUGACGCCGGCCAUGAACGGCACCAUUUGGGAUGACACGCCGAGACCCAACGGCAGCGGCGGCCUUUCCAACUUCCUCAGCUCCUUUUUCUGCCAAAUUUUUAUGGGGGUUCUCAGCCCUAACUACAACGGACGGCGGUGCUUCGUCUAUAGAUACCCUUCAACGACAAGAGCACCAGUUAUUAUUGUUGGCUGAAACAACAUCCUCCAUAAAAUUAAAAUAAAAACUAUUUUACAUUUUAAUACUUUAAGUAAAAAUUUACAGAUAGUGGGUUAUAUUGAAAAAUUAAUGCCAAAGUACAUUUUUCUCUUUAACUUUUUCAACAAUAAAUGUGUUUUCAAGUUUUUUGAUAAUUGUGCAAACAAGCAUACCAUCACAUAAUAUUGAUUAAUUGGAGCUCCUCAUAAUUUAUUUUGAAUCUUCAUAUAAAAUAAAUCCGUUUUUUUUUACUUGAUUAUAUAAUU